UCCAGCCGGGUCCCUGGCUCCAGCCUCCGGCUGCGCGACCUCGCGCUGCACCGGGUGUCUCCGCUGCGCUGCAGCGCACAGGGGCGCACUCGGUCCCAGCAGCGCACAGGGGCUGGCACUCUCCGCGCUGGGAUCCCGCGCUGCCUGACUCACCCCUGCUCGUUGCUUCUCUACUCCCCCCCCCCCCGCACCUCUGUCAUGAACAGGACGCAGCUGAAGCGCUCUGGGAUCCUCAGGAUGGCUCUGAGUGGCUCCUCCGACCCCCUGCUGCAGCAGGAGGAGGGUGGCAGCGGCAGCAGGGAGACCCCCUUCCUGCUGAAGGCUAUCCAGAUCGCCUUGGUAGUCUCUCUCUACUGGUUCAUCUCCAUCACCAUGGUCUUCCUCAACAAGUACCUCCUGGACAGCCCCUCGCUGCGCCUCGACACCCCGCUCUUUGUCACCUUCUAUCAGUGUGCUGUCACCGUCUUCUUCUGCAAGGUCCUCAGCCUGCUGGCCUCCUGCUGCCCACUGGGCUACCUGGACUUCCCCUCCAUCCGCAUGGACCUCAAGGUGUCCCGCAGCAUCUUGCCCCUCUCUGUGGUCUUCAUCGGCAUGAUCACCUUCAACAACCUGUGCCUCAAAUACGUUGGUGUGGCCUUCUACAAUGUGGGGCGCUCGCUCACCACUGUCUUCAAUGUCCUGCUCUCCUACUUGCUCCUCAAGCAAACCACUUCCCUGUAUGCCCUGAUAGCCUGUGGGGUCAUUAUAGGUGGAUUCUGGCUGGGCAUAGACCAAGAGGGAGCAGAGGGCACUCUGUCAUGGGCCGGCAUAAUCUUUGGGAUCCUGGCAAGUCUCUGUGUCUCACUCAAUGCUAUCUACACCAAGAAAGUGCUGCCUGCCGUGGAUGGCAGCAUCUGGCGCUUGACCUUCUACAACAAUAUGAAUGCCUGUGUCCUAUUCUUGCCCCUCAUGCUGCUGCUCGGUGAGUUCCACACCCUCUACCAUUUCGACAAGCUGGGGAACCCUGGUUUCUGGGGCAUGAUGACCCUGGGAGGAGUGCUUGGCUUUGCAAUCGGUUAUGUGACGGGACUCCAGAUCAAGUUCACCAGCCCACUCACCCACAAUGUGUCUGGGACGGCCAAGGCCUGUGCCCAGACAGUGCUGGCUGUGUGCUACUAUGAGGAGACCAAAAGUUUCCUAUGGUGGACGAGCAACAUGAUGGUUCUAGGAGGCUCCUUUGCCUACACAUGGGUAAAAGGGCUGGAGAUGAAGAAGGCACAGGAGGAAUCCACUCCAAAAACAGCCGAGAAAAAUGAGACUGGCGUCUAGGCUACCUCCUGUCUGCACUUCUGUUGCUGCACCUAUGGAGUGGAGCUUCAGUGGGAAAGAAGCCAGGAUCAGGAACCUUCAGGGCAGGAAAACAUUGAAUUAUGCAGUGCAUAGAAAGGGGUGUCGAGAGUGAAGCCAAAGGCGUCCUGUGUAUACAGUGUGUUUACUAAGAUUGUGAUGGAGGGGAGGAGAAUAUUACUUCCUUUGGAUUUCACCGUUUCUUGAAUAGGAAAGGGCAUUUGUUGAUGGAACGAGGGUGUAUUAGGGGGACCUUCUGUCAGUACUGGGGCUUUUUUAAACUGCUGCUACCAUUUAAACACUAUAUGGACACCCAACUGCUCCCCUGGUGAUGGAGAGGGAAAAGGGCAUCAGGUGUGUGUGUCUGGGGACAGAUAAUGGCUACUUCUAGGUUAGCCACUAAUUUAAGUGGUAAGAUCUUGCACCUAAAUGUAGGGGAGGAGCAGGCAGCCAGACUUUCCAGGCUACUCCUUCCUCCUAUUAUAAGUAAGGUUAAGAUUUUGUCAGUUAUUUUUAGUAAAAGUCACAGACAGGUUG